GAGCUUUGCUCUAGAAUUCUCUGAACUGGGAGCCGGAGAUGCUCUGGUAAAACAAGUAGAAAAUGAAUGUCAAGAUGUUCUGCCUUUUGGCGGGCAUCUUCUCUAUCCUCAACACCAUCCAGUUCCUCAUCUUUGACUUGAACGAGGUUACGUUCCUUGGCUAUGAAGAAAAGUGCACCAUCUACAUGGAAAUAAAGUCCGGUUUAGCCCCUUGGAUCUUGACCGACAGAAAGCACAUCAGCAUCACCCUGUCCAUCAUCACCAUCAGCCUCAGCUGCCUGCUCCUCUACUGCACGCACAAGAACAAGUACAGGGGGCUGCUGUGCUACGCCUUGUGGAUCAUCUUCUAUGAGCUCACCAGCUUCUGCAUGGUCCUGCUCACCAAUGCGAUAAUGAGAGAGCAGUUCAAGGAGCUGGGUUACCUGCACUUGAUCUUCCAACUCUCCCGUAUGUUCCUGCACUUCUUCUGUCUGCCCUUUAUCAUCAAGUAUGUGUACAUGCUUUAUAAGGACCCCAAGACUUCAAGCAAGAUAAGCCGACGCAGGCGCUCAUCCGUCAGUACAAUCGACUCGUGGCCGGGAAUGAUGUACCGCAAGAUAAACUGAACAGAGCCAGGAAGGAGAGAGAGAGAGAGAGAGAGAGAGAGAGAGAGAGCUCCCCAACAAUAGACCUCCCCUUUCCCUGCCUGCUUUCU